GAAUGUUAUUCCUUUAACUGACUUCCUGUUCUCCAGCCACAAAAAAACAGCAGUGAGAUUCUGCUGCAAAGCUGUGCAACAUUUGUGAGUGAUGGAGGAGUAUUUAUAAAGUGGCUGUCAUUUAAAGCUGGAUUUACAGCUGUCAGAUGAGAGCAUGAAGCAGCCCCACCCACGGUGCUCCACGCCCACCCCUUCUACUUCACCGUGCCUGGCCGUGAGCAGCACAACGGGACGCAACAGGCGUGUGGAGUGAAGCGACUCACUUGGCAUGAUCUGUCACGGAAAUCCCCCGUUGUCCUCCCCCUCUCCACUGACUUGAAGGGGGAAAAAAAAAAAGAAGGCGCCUGAUCAAGCCUGCGUCGCGUCUGCUCCAAAACAAAACCAGGCUCUGCCCUCCAACUUCACUUCAUACCACGCAUACCCGCCUGUCCCGGGGAUUGCUGCCCAUCCCAAAGAGGAGGAGAAGGGACGAUCAGGAGUUGCCAGGAUGGACAGUCUAUUCCUCAUGCUAAAGAACAACCCUGGCCCUUCUGUGUGCCUCUUCUCACUCAUCUUCAGGGGGAUCCACGGGUUGCUGCAAAGACUGCCCCUGCCCAAGUUGGUGCACCAGGAUGAAUUUCGCUCGUGGAAAUGGAAGAACCUCUCCGUGUCCAUGGUGCACUCCCUGCUGACGGGGACGUGGGCCCUGACUUGUGCGAUCAUUUGGCCGGAGACGCUACACGACCUACGCGCUUUCCACACGCCGCUGUCCUACCUGCUGGUUUGCGUUUCAACUGGAUACUUUGUGCAAGAUGCAGCUGAUAUCAUCCUGACGGGACACGGAAGAGGAUCGUGGGAAUUCUUAAUCCAUCAUGCGCUGGUGAUCUCGGCCUUCCUGUACGCCCUCUACACUCAGCUGUACGUCGCCGGCGCCGUGGUGGCGCUCUUUGUGGAGGUCAACAGCGUGACUUUGCACCUGAGGCUGCUGCUGAAGCUGGCGGGCGCCACCUCGUCCACCUUGUACUACAUCAACAAGAUAGUCAACAUCUUCACCUUCAUCACCUUCCGCCUCUGCUCCCAGUUUUAUCUCACCUGGUACAUCCUACAAAAUUACUCCUGGCUGGAGCACGCCGCCUUCUUCCUGUUCGCCAUCAUGGUGAUGAACGUCAUGAUCCUGGUCUACUUUUAUCGCCUGCUGCGCUCCGACUUCUUCAUGCACACGACGCAGGUCCACACCUCCAAAAGGUUCGUCGCCGACUGAGUGGACCACAAGAAAGCACUUUGUGUUGUUUCCUUCUAGACGAGUGACAGUUUACUGAUUGUUUUGUAACUGAGACCGUUCCUCGCUGCCACGUUUCCUGGGUUCCCGCCAAGGAAUACAUCUAUGAAGCAGAACAAGGUGCGGCCUGGCCCGGCAGCUCAAUUCCAGGAAUGGUGGAAUGUUCUAAUUCGGGUAUUUGUGCUUUGCUAAAUGUACUAAAUCAUGUUUGGACAUUUGUUUGCCAAAGAAGGUUGGACAUUUACGUGGAUCUUGUGUGCUAGCUGCUAGCUUAGUAUUCGGACAGGAAAUGAAAGAGAAGCUCAGCCAAAGGUGUUUUGGUUAUUUAGAAAAUUUCAAAAUAAGAUUUCCUUGUUUGAAUCUAACUGAUAAAGUGAUGAAUCCCAAAUAAAGAUGACGCACCGUGAGAUAUAGAUGCUUCAAAUCUCAUUAAAAAAAAUUUUUUGACAAUAUAUCAAUAUUUAACCUGAUAUGAUUAUUUAUACGCUCUCGCCGCAAAUAUUUAAAAAAAAAUUAACUUCUUACAUCACUGUGGCAGAUGCGAUCUCCAAAAAUGUUUUUGCUGUCCUUUACUGUUGUUGUAAAAUCCCUACAGAUAGUACUUCUAUUCCUUGACUCUUAAAGGGGAACUGAACUUUUUAAAAAAUGUUGCCUAUCAUUCACAAUCCUUAUGUAAGACAAGAACACAUAUGCUUUUCUUCUUUUUAAUGCAUUCUAAAUAUUAAAUAAAUGCGAUCAAAACUCCGCUUACAAUGGCGCGUAGGGGAGUCGCUCCAUUCUGACUAUAAAGCCCUGAAAAGAAUAUCCAAACACCUCCAUUAGGGUUUUAUAUACAUAAGAUAAAUAUAAUGUAGUAACGGGCACAUUUAAAAUAACAUUUAAUAUUUACGUAUUUUGAUCAUUUUAAGAAUAUUUGGUACAUUCAUUUCAAAAACGCAUCACCACGCUUUUUUUUUUCCAACAUCAGCAAUUAUUUUUCAAUGCAGACUUCAUGAAAGCCAACAAACAUAAUAAAACAUCACUUACUGUACAAGGUCUGCCGUCAUUGGCAUGCCGACUGUUACGAUGUUCAUAUAUUCCCGUUUGGAUGGAGAAUGUUUUAUUAUCCUCGCAAAGGAAAGAGGAGUGCAACCAAGCAUUUUUUUUUGUGUCUUUCUCGCCAUUUCCGGGUUUAAAUUGGUAGUCAAAGUGUACCAACUUGUCGGAAUAUGUCCUCAUCCUUUUUACUAUCCAGGUGAGAGGCAAUUACAAAGGAAGCGUAGAAACAGCAGACCACUGGAUGAUGUAAACAUGAGCACACACACUAGUGAGCACUGCGCCGCUAUAAAUAGUUUGUCUGCGUUAGCGCUUAUAAUAACAAUAUUGCUAAUACUUGGUUAAUAUUCAAGUCACAAAAUGUAAAUGGAGUAUUGUUGGCCCUUUUGGGAUGUUUUUGGGGUGGGUUUUAUAGGUAGAGUAGAGGACCUCACAUUUGCGCUGCUGUAAGCGGACUUUUUUUCCCCUUUAUUUACGACUUAGAAUACAUCUAAGAAAAAACAUCUGUCGUCAUGUCUUUCAUAAUUAUAGUGGCAAAUUUGAUGGCAAAAUUCCCCCAAAAAGUGCAGUUCCCCUGUAAAUGGUCAUAUUAUGUUUUUUUUCUUCUACAAAAUACUUUUUUUGUUGUCUACAUAACCUGUAAUGGUGGUUCUUUGGUCAAAAUGUUGCAUAGUUUAUGUUUUACAGACCAUUAGAGGUGCACAAAAACAUUGAUUCACAUUUGAAUUGCAAUUGUUUUUCAUCACGAUUCUAAUUCAAUUAAAAAAAAAGUUUAUUUUCA